CCCUGCCCUCCUGGGCAGCCCGGGCAGCAAGGACGGCACCAAGGGAGCUGCCCAUGGACAGGGCCCCACAGAGACACCACCAAGCCUCUCGGGAGUUGCUGGCUGCAAAGAAGACCCACACCUCACAAAUUGAAGUGAUCCCUUGCAAAAUCUGUGGGGACAAGUCCUCUGGAAUCCACUACGGGGUUAUCACCUGCGAGGGCUGUAAGGGUUUUUUCCGUCGGAGCCAGCACUGUAACGUGGCCUACUCCUGCACCCGCCAGCAGAAUUGCCCCAUCGACCGCACAAGCCGAAACCGAUGCCAGCACUGUCGCUUGCAGAAGUGCCUGGCACUGGGCAUGUCCCGAGAUGCUGUCAAGUUUGGCCGCAUGUCCAAGAAGCAAAGGGACAGUCUGCAUGCCGAAGUGCAGAAACAACUGCAGCAGCAGCAGCAGCAGCAGCAGCAGCAACAGGAACAAGUGGCCAAGACCCCUCCCGCAGGGGGCCAAGGGACAGACCCCAUCUCCUGCACCUUGGGGAUCCCAGAUGGGCAGCUACCCCUGGGCUCCUCACCUGACCUGCCCGAGGCCUCUGCCUGUCCCCCUGGCCUCCUGAGAGCCCCUGGCCCUGGGCCCUCCUACUCCAACAGCUUGGUCAAGGCUGGGCUCAACAGGCCCUCCUACCACCUGGAAUACAGCCCUGAGCGGGGCAAGGCCGAGGGCAGAGAGAGCUUCUAUAACACAGGCAACAGAUGUGGACUUCACUUUGAGGACCCCAGGCAUCAAGGGCUUGGGGAGCCAGGACAGGGCCUGAACAGCUACUGCAGCCCCAGUUUCCGCAGCGCCCCAGAGGCACCUUAUUCAUCCCUGACAGAGAUAGACCACCUGGUACAGAACGUGUGUAAGUCCUACCGAGAGACAUGUCAGCUGCGGCUGGAGGACCUGCUUCGGCAGCGCUCCAUCAUCUUCUCCCGGGAGGAGGUGGCCAGCUACCAGAGGAAGACUGUGUGGGAGAUGUGGGAGCGCUGUGCCCACCGCCUCACCGAGGCCAUUCAGUACGUGGUGGAGUUCGCCAAAAGACUCUCAGGCUUCAUGGAGCUCUGCCAGAAUGACCAGAUCGUGCUACUCAAAGCAGGAGCAAUGGAAGUGGUGCUGGUUAGGAUGAGCAGGGCCUACAAUGCUGACAACCAUACAGUCUUUUUUGAAGGCAAAUACGGUGGCAUGGAGCUGUUUCGAGCCUUGGGCUGCAGCGAGCUCAUCAGCUCCAUCUUUGACUUCUCCCGCUCGCUGAGUGCCUUGCGCUUCUCCGAGGACGAGCUUGCCCUCUACACGGCCCUGGUGCUCAUCAAUGCCAACCGGCCAGGGCUUCAGGAGAAAAGCAAAGUAGAACAACUGCAGCACAAUCUGGAGCUGGCUUUUCAUCAUCAUCUCUGCAAGACUCAUCGCCAAGGCAUCCUGGCAAAGCUGCCGCCCAAGGGGAAGCUCCGGAGCCUGUGUAGCCAGCAUGUGGAAAAGUUGCAAACCUUCCAGCAUCUCCACCCCAUCGUGGUCCAGGCUGCUUUCCCUCCACUCUACAAGGAGCUCUUCAGCACAGAAAUCGAGUCUCCCGAGGGGCUGUCCGAGUGACCUGGAGGAUGGACUCCUUUCCUUUCCCUCAGCCCUCUGGCUCACCUCUCUGGAGCCCUUCCCACCUCAGGCUUAUUCUUUCCUGUGCCCCCUGGAGGGUGGCCCCCCGCAGAUUCUUUGGAAGCAAAUGCUGAGCCAGAUUUUCAGCCCACAGGCAUGCCUGGCCUUGAGCCAAGGCCAGAGGGUGGGGGUGGAGGGACACCAUCUCCAGCCCAAGCUUUGUUUUGUCUCAUUGACCCUGCCCACCUUCAGGGAGGCCUGGGGUGGGCUGUAAGGACCUCUAGGAGGACAGAGGUGUCCUCAGAACAACAAGGAGUCCAGGAUACCCCAGGUGAAUGAAGCUCAACUAUAGGCUCAGAAGCUAAUAGGCCUUUGAAAUACCUCAUUGCAUUUCCCUGUGGGCUUCAGCUGUGGACGAUGGAUCAAGCUCAGAGACUGGCACUGGAGCCCAGAAGGACCUGUAUAUAACGUGAAUCUGGAUCUUU